UUCUUGCAGUGUGAGAUGGCCUUUCCUCGAGUGAAGCCAGCUCCUGAUGAGACUGCUUUCAGUGAAUGUCUUCUGAAGAGAAACCAAGACCUCUCUCCUACCCCUGUUGAACAGGCUUCCAUUUUGUCCUUGGUCACUAAGAUUAACAACGUCAUUGACAACUUAAUUGUGGCACCUGGAAACUUUGAAGUGGUGAGAAGACAUUUUAAUAAGAUAAUUGAGGAUUUAUUUUAUUUGUGAUUGUUUUUUGUGGUAAUAAUGUUAACUGGGCACAAUGUAGCUGACCUCGUGGUCAUCCUGAAGAUCUUACCCACCUUGGAAGCUGUCGCUGCUUUGGGAAACAAAGUAGUUGAGACCCUUCGUACACAGGACCCUUCUGAGGUACUGUCCAUGCUGACCAACGAGACAGGAUUUGAGAUCAGCUCUGCCGAUGCCACUGUGAAAAUCCUCAUCACCACGGUUCCACCCAACCUGCGCAAGCUGGACCCAGAGCUCCACCUGGACAUCAAGGUUCUGCAAAGUGCUCUGGCAGCCAUUCGUCACGCUCGCUGGUUUGAAGAAAACGAAUUUGUUAAAGUUUUGAUCCGCUUGCUGAAAGACCUGCGAGUCCGAUUCGCUGGAUUUGAGCCUCUCACACCCUGGAUUCUAGAUCUGCUGGGACACUCUGCUGUGAUGAACAACCCGUCUAGGCAACCCUUGCCACUCAACGUUGCUUACAGGCGCUGUCUUCAGAUGCUCGCAGCAGGUCUCUUCCUGCCAGGCUCUGUAGGAAUCACUGAUCCAUGUGAAAGCGGAAACUUCCGUGUGCACACUGUCAUGACCCUGGAGCAGCAGGUAAUGUUGUGUUUGACAUGGUGUGUUCUGGUGAGAGUUCUCUCUCAUGGAGGAUACAGAAAAAUCUUGGGCCUUGAAGGAGAUGCUAGUUAUCUCACCACUGAGAUGUCUACAUGGGAUGGAGUGAUUGUCACCCCAUCUGAAAAAGCUUAUGAGAAACCCCCAGAGCGCAAGGAAGAGGAGGAUGAAGCGUUGGAGGAAGGUGGAGAGGGAGAAGAUGAAAGCAUGGAGACCCAGGAGUAAUGCAAUGCUCUCUGACAAAGUUUUGGCUUGGUUAUUUGUAUUUAUGUUGAUUUUUAAUAGAGAUCUGCAUCUGUAAGUUUUACCCAGAAGUUCCCUGUGUAUCUGCAUUUGGUUUUUGUACAUCAGUCUGCACCUUCUAGAGUUAAAGCCAUGGUAGUGAACAGCAAAAAGCUCUAACAAGGACCAAAAGGCAAUAUUAUUCUGUCUUCUCACCUCAGCUCAUUCUGAUACGGUUACGUCUAGGAAAAGGACUGAAAAUAACUUAAUUUGGUUUCAUGUUUUGUUUUUUGUUUUUUAUUCACUGAUGGAUCAAGUAAAGUUUUUAUUUCCUCCUUUGUA